UCGAGCUGUGUGCUGUCAGUUGGCUCCAGCAUCAGUGUGUCGCAUGAGAACCGUUGAAACUUGAACGGCACCAACGGUUCGGUUCGGUUCGACUCGGGAACGAUCAACGGUUCUGAAACCAGCAGCGAGAGAGAGAGAGAUGUUUAGUUCUCCAGACAAAGACAUGGAUGUUGGUGGAAGUCCACUCCCUGAAAGCAUCAACCCUAACAACUUUCCCGCCAAACUGUGGCGUUUGGUGAACAACCCGGCAAAUAAAGCCAUCUGCUGGGACAGAGAGGGCCAGGUCGUCAUCAUUGAUAAACAUCUCUUCGAGAUACAGCUCCUGUUUCCCAGCCCCUUGUUCAACGCUGACGCCUUCAAAACGUCCAACUUCUCCAGCUUUGUCCGUCAGCUCAAUCUGUAUGGCUUCAGGAAAGCCGAUCCAGCCUUUCUAGAGAAUGACACUGGGGACAGCACAGGGUGUCAUUAUUUUUCCAACCCAAACUUCAAGCGAAACCACCCCGAGCUUGUCGCCAGUCUGAGGAGACUCACUGUUGACAACAAGGCCAAGAUACAAGCUGGUCUGGAUGUGAAAAUUCGGCCCCCGAGUCGAUACAGUCUUGUUGAUGAUGGCAGUGGAGAUAAAAUCAUGAGAAGAGGCAGUUCUUCCCUGCUUAGCCCCACACACCAGGAGUCACCUCAUCCUUACUAUCCAAACAUAGCUCAGGCCAUGACGGCGCACAAUGGAACCCCGGUCCCACCGCGAUUCCUGAUAAGGGGUCACUCUGCACCUCUUUCGCCUACUGUCUUCACCACGGAAAAGGGGAUACCAGUACCUUUACGCCACCAAUACACUGGAGUAGCCUCAAGCGCCAGUGCCGUGGACUUUCAGCAGGGUUUACUGGCCCAUGCGAACCAGGGAAAUCAAAAUUACACUUUUAAUGCUCCUAAUGUGCAAUAUCAGCCUGGCUACUAUUCCCCACUUUGCCAGUGUUACCACCAGAACCUUGUGGCAUCACAUAUGGCAGGCAGUGAGCUUCAGACUGGGCCGUUCUCUCCCCUCGGUUAUUACCAGGCAGGCUAUCCUGUGAAUAUGUUGUGUCAUGGGGACCGCAGCCAGGUCCCAAAGAACAAGGAACACCAGGAGCUGAAAAAAUGUGACAUUAACUUGGACACAAUUUUCCAGAUUGCCGACGAGAUGCAAACUCCACCCAACAGCGGCCCGGUGAGAGUCAUGACCCCCGAGAAGCCGGGCCCUGUGUUAGUGCCGUUCUCCGUUACCACCAUGCUGUGCGACAAUCCUUCUGGCACAGUGGAAGCUCUCCCUUUGAGUCCCAGCCCCAUUAUAGUGUCUGUGACAGGCAAUGCUGAGCUAGUCGCAUACGGACAGCAGGAGGCGUCUGUGGUUUCAGUGCCUGAGCAAAUGCCUGAGGAUGCCAUAGUCAAGGUUGACAAUGAUGAAGCAAAGUACAUUGAGGUCAUAGAUCUCGAGGUAACGUCACUCUGAGGGACACCAGUCAGGCCUACAACAGCAGAUGAGCAGGAAGUACACCAAAUCUUUAGAUCUCAACUUGUUGAUUUGAGUGGCAUGUGACAGGGAGUCUUGAUUCACUACUUCAGGAUGUGAUCUUAAAUUCUCACUAUUACCACUUUAUUUAUUCUCCAUUUUAAUGAUUUGUUGUUGUGCAGAAGUUUGUUGAUGUGUUCUUAUUUAAAUCUUAAUUUAAAAAAAAAUUGCAUAAGUAGUUCUAUAUUGUACAUUUGUGUGUAUUUUCAUAGUGCAUUUUCCUUAUUAUUAACUUUGUAACAGUCAUAUUUUUGUUUCUAUAAGAAUUAUAAUUACUUGUACCACGGUAUAUUUUUAAAGCAAGAUUUUACCUCUACAUUUUUAACACAGUAUUAUCUAAAAUGUAACCAACUUGUGAUGUUUUUAAAGAAUUGUAAUUUUAACUAUAAAUUAUAGAGGUUUGCUGUAGUAAGGCUAGCUCAGCCUCUCCCCAUUUUAAUGUGCACAUUAAAGUGACUUAGUCUGUUUUUAAUAGCAUAACCGGUAGCGUUUGUCGUUGCAAAUUAUAACAAACUGCUGCAAUGGGGGAGAAAAUAUUGAAUGAAUUGUAUGAAAAUAUAAUUAUUAAAUGUACUAGUGAUUGUUUGCUUUGUGAUGGUGACCAAAUGGUGGUUGCAUUUCCCUACAUUUUUAUUUUUCACUACAUAACUUGAAAGGUGCAGUGUUUUUAAGACAACUAACUGACAUGUUUUUUAAAGGCAAGUGUGUAAAAGUAUUAGAAUUAAAUAUAUUUCCGAUAA